AAGGAGAGUUCUGGAAACUUUUGCAGAUGGGAAUGUAAGUGGCAAUGCUGCUUUUUUGUUGUUGUUGUUGUUGUUCUACUUCUGGGGGGUUUUGCUUUAAUGAGAUCUCCGGGGAUGAGGGUAGUGGUGGUGGUGCUUCAGAAUGCACCAAGAUCACAGAGUCACGGAUGGGCAUCGUAGAUGAUGCCACGAUUGUGUUUCAGGACCCAAAACCCCACUGAAAUGCAGGCACAGGUUGUGCCUUAUAAACAAAGCACACUGCUGUUAGGAGAGCAGGCGCUGUGCCUGCCAUUAUUGGAGCUUUACAUCAACACAUUGACAAGGGGAGAGGCAAAGAUCUCUGCUCCCAAAUGCCAACUUUUAGGGUAACGUCUUGGUGCUUCUUGAGCCCUAUUUAAAACCAAAAAGCACCAUGAGGUCUUUGUAUCUCUCUGCACGUGGGUAAUUUUAACUAUUGCUGGGGUGAUUUUGGUGCUCUGAAUUGCAGAGCAGCCCUCAUCGUGCUCGUAGUGCUCAGUUCUCAAACAUCAGAUGACUGAAUGCUGAUUAAACAAAUCUUGGAGGCUGUUUCUUUGUAGUAACAGUUUAAAAUCCUGCAUUGACUCUCUUUUGUAGCAAAACUGAUGCCUUGUGUUGCAAAAUGGUGCCUCAGGAGGCACGCUUGAUAUUUCCCUGUCUGUUCUAUGGAGGGGUACUGUGCACUGGGCAGGCUUGGAUCUGUAGCAGGUGAUUGGUUUUUAAGUGGCAUCACGACUUCUCUUACAUCCCUGCAAGGUUUGGAAGCACUGAGUGCCCUCCUGUGUGCUCAGCAACAGCACCCACUUGUAGCAUGGCUGUGCCUCAUGCAACAGCCCUGUUCAAAUCCCAGUACAUUGCAUUAAGCAGAAGAUGACCCCCGAUGAGAAUCAGCGUGAUUUCAUUUCCCAGCCCCAAUAUCACACCUGAUCUCUGUGUAAGUAGAGCCCGUGGUUUGUCUUAGUGCUGGUUGUGUGCUGGAAUUGAAGUUAUGCUUUUUUUUCUUUUUUUUUUUUCUUCUUUUUUUUUGCAAUAAAACAUGUUGUGGGCAUCUUAAAGCAGAGCUCCUUCCAGAAAGCAAGGAUGUGCUUUCCAGGCUCUUUGUAACCUCUUGUUUUUAGGAGAACAUGGAUCAAUUUCUGCUUCAGGUUGCUGUCUUGCCCUGUGCCUACCUGUUCUGUGCUCACCUGGAAGCCUGCAGGGUUGCAUUGCCUUGGCAGUGCUUGCAGCUCAUCCUUCGGUGCUCCAGGUUUGCUGUGGCAAUGGGAAUUCCUUUCCCCCCUCUGCUUUGUGGGGUGGAUCAUAGGGUCUGCAUAAUUAUGCCCAUGGAGGCUCUGGUAGGGACAGGAGCUCUGUAAGGACAGCUGUAUGCCUGCAGCAUGCCCAUAACCACCCCCUCCCCCCCCAGACACACACAGUUCUCCUCCCCUUUGUGAAUCCCUCUGCCCCAUAUAUUACUGCAAAAGCAAAACCAAAGUGCUUAAAAUAAGAGCCCCGACAAACUUUCCUCCUUAACUGUGUUGUUAAUUUUUAAAGCAGCAGGAAUUGGGCAACAGCAAGCUUAGCAGGGAGGGAAGGGUACAUCUGAGACCAGCCCAGUGUGCAGUGAUUGCUGGUUGCGUGUUCUCAGCACCUGUUGGUGCUCAGUGCCCUUCCUAAAGUGUGAUUUAAUCGGAGUCACAGCCAGGAUAAACAUAACAGGUUGUUAAGGUAGGAGAGUGCCCAUGGUUAAAGGGCCAGGCUGCUCUAUGGGGUGGCUCCCAGCCCCACAGCUGUCCAUUCUGCUGUCUGCUUAAAUCAAAGGUGAUGUGACACGGAGGGAGAGGUGUCUGGAUUUUCUGCUUGGCCGUCCCGGAGUCCUGGACAUUAUUUUGGCCAAGUUUGCUGAACACCAUGUUUUAAUAUUGAACGUGGCUGAUAGAUGUGGGUGUGCAUAUAGGAGUUCAGCCUUCAUUGGGUGUCCUAUUGUGCGCGCCCAGCUCUUCUCCUUUCACUCCCUCCAUUUCCCAGUGGGUUUUGUCCAUGUAUUUCUGGAAUAACGAACGCACAGCUCUGCUCUUUUGUUUCUCCUCACCCAAACAAAGCUCGCAUGACCGCAGCAUCACACGACUUUGCCCCCUCUGCUUUCUUGUAGGUCAGCCAACCUGCGUGCCCGGUGCUGUUGGGCACACUGCCCUCCACCAGAAAAUGCUGGAGCUCAUUCUUCCCUCAGUGCUGGAUCUCCUGCCACAUCCCAUGCAAGCAGUGAGAGUCCUUUUUAUUGCUGCCACAACCACGACCCUCUCACUGCUGCUUUUUCUUUUUCUUACCACUCAUCCCUGUUUCUUUUUCUGCCUUCUUGGGAUGCUUAAAAUUGCUCCUUGAUGCUGAUGUGGUUUGAGGACUGUUUGGCUGUUCCAGGGAAGUGCACGCAGCCUCUUAUUUGUCACUAAGGAGAUCUGUGCUGAGGUUCUGCCAGGUUCUUUCCACUCCUGUUCCUGCUCAGUCCUUUUGGCCACCGACAGGGAAACGUGAUAUCGUCAUCUCCAGUCCCUGUCAUCUUCCAGUCCCUCACAUAACGAUCUGUCUGAGAUUGAGGGUGGAUUUACAGUCCUUGGAAUAAGGUGAUUUCACUGCCUCUUGGGGUCUUCGCUAACGAUUCUCUGCAAACUGGGGCUGAUUCUGGAUUCAGGGCUGAGAUUUUUGUUGUUCUCGUUACCAUUACAGCUUCCAAGAGCUGUCCUGUGGCCUUAAAUCAUUGGACUGCAUCUCUGGAGCAAAUUGAUUCCGCCUUCAAAGCGAAGCCCAAACACUCAUAGCUCAUGUUCUUGGCAUCGCCUGUUUCAGAUCAGGUAGAGGGUACGUCUGUACUGUUCUCAAACCGAAGUAUUGUUGGUAUCCUGUUGUUUUUAAUCCCUUUUAAACUGCAAAUUGCAGAACGUGUCUAUACAUCCUGCACACAGAUCCUACAGGAAAGCACAGAAGCUGGUGUAGACUUCCAGAUAUUGGUGAGUCAGCGUGAGGAAGGGCUUUUUACUAUAGCAUUUUUGAUCGGUCUCGUAGUGUCAGAUGCUUCUUUUCCAGAAGUGAUUGAGUUUCAUUGUUCCCUUCUUUCCUCAGACUAAAGGGCAGAAGAAAAGUGUGAAACCUUUUCCUUGAGAUUGCACAAAUAGCAAACCUGGGGGGUGGAAUAUUCUGAAACAUUUUGUGCCAUUUGGCUGCAGCUGGCUGCAAUUUUUUUGGUGUGUGUGUGAUGCUCCCUUAGAAAUGGAUGUUGUAAUGUUUGUGUUAGGCAAAGUCUGCAUUUAUGACAGUCAGAGCCCCUUAAGGGGGCUCAACCCUGGAGGCAUUUGUCAUCCCUCCAGUGGAAGGUGGAGGUUAAAAGCUGACAGUUGAUUGUUAGAUAAAUUUUGCAUUAUUUCCAAAUUCCAGUGGGCUUUUCACCUGGCUUUGAGCAGUGGUUGGGGAGGCUGGGGGGGGGGGAACCAGCGUGUGAAUUAUGGAUGUGCAAAUCACUGCUGCUUUCCUGGCUCCCAGGGAACUGCUCAGGUAACAGCUGUGGACCCGUUCUAAUGACCGUAUCGUGAUAGGAUAUGUUGGAGUGGAGGUGAGCAAGAAGAGAGGAGGUGGUGGGACACGUAAUGAAUGCAUGGAACUGAGAGAGGAUGAAUAGUGCCCAUUCUUCCCCCAUGUGAGAUAUGGCACUGAAAGGUGAACUUAAGUUUCUUUGCGCUCGAGAGAGACUUCUGCAGCCUGAAAAGUCAGAUUUGGGCUAAAACCCAUUGGGGUUGAGGAUAGGAUUAGGUACUUUGCAGUUAUCAAGGAUAGUAGGCAUGGUGGUGUUGGUCUGAUGGUUGGAUAAGAUGAUCUCAGUGGUCUUUUCCAAACUUAAUGAUGCUGUUGUUCUUUUUAGGACAUAAUUUAGUGGGCAUGGUGGUGAUGGGCUGAUGGUUGGACUGGAAGAUCGUAGAGGUCUUUUCUAACCAUAAUGACUCCGUGACUCUGUGAUGGCUCCAAGUCACUGGAAGAAGGAGGAAGGAGCCUAUAAUCCUGAUGGGAGACUCUCGGAGUGUGGGCAGAAGCUUCUUUGGAGGUGUGGUUUUCUCACCUGCCUGUUGUUCUUUAUAUAUAAAAAGUGGGGAAAAGAAAAAAGUGUACUACUAAAGCAGUUACCCAUGUCCUCGACUGACCUCCAGCAUGGCAAACUAAUACAUGCAGUGUUGAAACAGUUGAUGAAUUAUUAACUUCAGCGCUGUGGUGUCUCUUGGCCAUUGGCGUUAUGUUGAUUCGUCUCGAUGGUGGCAGGGUUGGUCAUGCUCUGGAGCUGUGAAAUGAAGCAUUGGGGCUGAGGACAAUGUCCAAUGAGACACCCACUUUUUUUUGUGCCAGAAAGACUGAUAAGAGCAUAAACCAGGGCUGAUGGGUGCUCAAAUGAAAUGUUGCUCUCUGAGGUGUCCCUUGGGUAGAUGUGGCGCUGAGGGAUGUGGUUUGGUAGGCGUAGUAGGCAUGAGUUGAUGGUUGGACUGGAUGAUCUUAGUGAUCUUUUCAACCUAAAUCAUAGAAUGGCUUGGAUUGGAGGGGACCUUAAAAUAUCAUCUAGUUUCAACCCCCCCCUGCCAUUGGCAGGGUUGCCAACCACUGGAUCAGGCUGCCCAGGAUCUCAUCCAGCCUGGCCUUGAAUGCCUCCAGGAGCAUAAUGCAUUCAUGACUCUAUGAUUCUGUUUAGGGACAUGGCUUAGUGGGUAUGGCGGUGAUGGAUUGAUGGCUGGACUUGAUGACCUUAGUGGUCUUUCCAACCUUUGUGGUUCUUUACCUUUUGUAAAGAGUUCAACCUUAUGGAUCUAAAUGGUAUUAGAAAACUGCUGCUAAGGUGUAGUUUAUAUUUUUUGAUGACUGGCAUGGAUGUGAUCUAAGAGUUCAGGUUCAUCUUAGUUUUGGGGACAAACGAAGCUGCUCCUUUGAGUUGCGUUCAUUCAACUGUGAAUGGCUUGGAGCCAGGUCACUUUCCUUUGGAAAGAAUCAGAUUUGGCUUUUAAUUUGUGGAGAGUUUGUUGGGUUUGGGUUUUGUUUUUUUCUUAAACUCAGAAUUAACCUUGGGAGAUCUGCACCAAGAGCAGGCUGAUGCUUUUCAACAGUGGUGGAAUGGAACCAUGGAAUUGAUGUGGAGUUUGUGAUAGAUGGAGUUAAUGGUAGAUGCCAUCCAAAACAUGUCUUCGUGUCCCGGCUGAUCCCAAACUGUUUUAUUUUGAGGGAUGUUCCUUUUUUAGGGGCAGAGAGAGGUAUCACCUGGCUGAUGCCUUCAGCCAAAGCUUCUUUGUUAGUGAAGGACUUCAAAGCAGGUGGAAGGUGAUGCCCUUUUAGUGUGUCUUGUCAGCCUGAAGACAAAUGAAAACUGUUUUUCUCCCAUCUAGUGCCAUUAAUUCAAGCUUGCCGACCUGCCCUCCCCAGUCUUUAAAGCCAACCCAGCUGAAUGGGAAUGCUGAGGGACGGUAUCAUGUAGCACAAGCUUUAAACCUCACAAUAACCAGGCUGCUUUCCUGCUGAGGUCAUGUUCUGUGUGGCAGAGGGGUCCUGUGUGCAGGGAGAUGUGGCAGCGCAAUGCUUCUCGAAGCAUCCCCAUGACUGGGGGUUGGCAAAGAAGGUGUCGUGAGCUGAUUUCAUUGAAAGUUUGGGAACAGCCUUGCUUUGUAAUCCUCUAAUUUGUAGGAUUGUAAGCUGGAAGAAAGAAAGAGACCUUCCAGGAGCAAAGCACUUCUCCUGGAAAUGUGAAAUCUAACAGGUGUGACUCAGCACGGUGAAUGCUGGCUGCUCCUCCGUGCUGCCCAGCGCACCUCCUCCUUUUUCCCUUUAAGACCUGCCACGAGGGAAGCAGUGGGAAUAAGGAAGCAGAACGAUCAGCACUUUGUUGAGCAGCCUGCCAUUGUGGGUAACUCGAUCCUCCCAGCAAGCAGAGGAAUCCGCGUGCGGUUAUUGGGGAUUGCUUCAGAUCAAUGGCGGUGGGUGGCCCUGCACAAGGCCACGUGGGAGGAUGAGGCAAUGGGAACGUGACCACGUGAGAGGCAAACCCACAGCAGUGGGUCUAUUUCUGGCAUGCUCGAUUUGUAUCCAGGACUCCCAUCUACCUCUUGCAUCUGAUGGAAGAAUAACCAUCCUGGGAAAAAUGCAUUGGAGCUGCUGAAAGGUUGAAACAGACCUCUGAGACCAUCUAGUUUAAGCAUCGAGACCCAUCCCCACUAAACCAGGUUUUCAGCCGGUUGCUUCUCUCCGAGUUGAUGGUUUUGCUACUCUGCUUCAGUGUUUUCCUUUACUCAGUAUAUCAGGAUUGAGAGCAAACACGAAGUCACGAUCUUAGGAGGACUCAAUGAAUUUGUCGUGAAGUUUUAUGGACCACAAGGAACACCAUACGAAGGUGGAGUAUGGAAAGUUAGAGUCGACCUUCCUGAUAAAUACCCCUUCAAAUCCCCGUCUAUAGGAUUCAUGAAUAAAAUUUUCCAUCCUAACAUCGAUGAAGCGUCAGGAACUGUAUGUCUAGAUGUAAUCAAUCAAACUUGGACGGCUCUCUAUGAUCUCACCAAUAUAUUUGAAUCGUUCCUGCCCCAGCUGCUGGCCUAUCCUAACCCUAUAGAUCCUUUAAAUGGUGACGCUGCAGCCAUGUACCUCCACCGACCAGAAGAGUACAAACAGAAAAUUAAAGAAUACAUUCAGAAAUAUGCAACAGAAGAAGCACUAAAAGAGCAGGAAGAAGGCACCGGGGAUAGCUCGUCCGAGAGCUCCAUGUCCGACUUCUCGGAAGACGAGGCUCAGGAUAUGGAGUUGUAGUAGAAGAGGCAACCUGCUUUUCAGAGAGACUCUAAUUUCCUAACCAUGAGAAGCAGACUAUAAUAUUCAUAUUUAAACAAAGCAAUUUUUUUUAUUACUAAACAAGGUUUUUAUGAAUAAUAGCAUUGAUAUAUAUAUAUAUAUAUCACCCUUUAGAUCUUGAUUUUUCUUGGUCAUUUCUCAACCCGAGGUGCAUAGCAUAUUCCCACAUUCCAUUUUGGUAGCAAUAUGCAGCCCAAAUGCAUGCAUUCAGAUUCCAUUUGGCCAAGUCAACUUGUGUGCUACUGAACUGUCAGCUCAAACAGCUGCCCUGGUAGGUAGGGAGUUAGCAAAGAUGUUUGCUUUCCGAUCGAUGUUUCCAAAGACACCACCUUGGAUGCUCACAUGGAACAGCAUUUUCUCUUAAGAUAAAUCUGAGGGAUGUGCUAUUAACUGCCUAGAUCAGACAGUGGAAUGAAAGGUGCUCCUUCAGGUCAACCUCGCUGAUGGUAUUUGAUGCGGAGUCACAUUUAAAACGUUCAAUAGAACCAGCACAAAUGCAUGGAGCUAUUCAGAGCCUUGAAGCUUAAGAGUUUAGACUUGGAUUUUAAGUCCGUUUUUUAUAUGUGGACUCCUGCCUGCCCUUCUGAACCGUAGGGACUGACAACCACUGGUCCAUCCAUCCGCUUUUGGGACUUUUGGAAGCCUUCAUCUGGAUGUUACUCUUUUGGUCUGGAUUACGAGCUGUUCCCUCGCUGGGAGGAAUUAAAACACAAACGAUGCUCUUUGGUUUAGCUGGAGCCCACGUGAAGCCCGACUCUUACUUUGUCAUCGUUUUGAAACUGCUGCCCUUUCGUGGCUCCAAGCUCGCUUUUUUUUCCUCUUGCUUGAAGUAUGGUUGAACACCUCACAAACACCUCCACCUCCUGGGAGGGCUCUCUGACCAGAUGGAUGAGCCGUGCUGAGAGCUUUGGAGCCGCGGAGGUCGGCCCCAUUGGCUGUAGUCCACCAAUCCAUCGGCACCCAUUCUAUUUUCCUUUUCUCCCCCUUCUGCACCAGCUUGGUAGCCAUCUGCUUGUGUGUGUACAACAGGAUUAAAAUUUCUUAAAGUUAACAAAGAAUGUGAUCUAGGAAAAAAGAAAAUGAGAUGAAUAAUAAAAAAAAAAAAAAAAGAAAGCCUAAAAAAGCACCAAUUGAGGAAGCAAGUGAAUCUGCUCUUUUUUUUUUUUCCCUGAUUUUUUUUUUUUCUUUAAGGAAUGAAAUAUUUGAUUUCCUUGGGUGUUUUUCAGCAAGCUGAGAUUUGUGUUUGUUUGUUUUAAUGCUACGAAACGGAGCAAAUGUCUACCUGGGAUGCUGGUAUACUUGAAUUUGGAUAAUUGUGGCGUUGGAGAUCGGAGUGGAGAUGGAUAUUAAACCUGAACGUGACCUGCUGUAUUUUGGGGGGCGGGGGGGGGGAUUUCUGAGGGGUUUGGUGAGCAGCUUAUGGGGUGGUGCGUGGGAACUGAUCCGCCCCUGCGCUGCUCUGAAUGUCGGAUCGGUACAUUUGGGUUUUCCCAGAAAUGUUUUUUUUUUCCUUUAGGGACGCCACCGAGUUCUGAGUCAGCGGGGUUGGAAGGUUACAAUCCUAUUUCUAAUUCAUAAAGCACAAUCAGUUCAUUUCGUUUUGGAGGAGACUUAAAAAAAAAAGAAAACAAAGAGAGAGAAGAACUCAUAAAGUAUCAUUUUGCUUUAGCAUGAUUUUCCUUAAUAAAAAAUAUACAGAGAAUUUCAUUUAUGUUAAUUACGGGCAUGAAGCAAAGGGUUUUUUUUUCCUCUUUUUUUUUUUUUUUCCCCUUGCCCCCCACCCUCUUUUCUUUUAAAUCAGUAAUGUAGGGCUGUGGCUAGUGACUGUGCUGAAGUUCUCUAUCUAGCAUUUGUGGCUUGUUGGAAGGGUAAUAUUAACUAUUUAACAUGUAAUGGUGUACUUAACUCUUAUCUAGCACGCUGUUUUCUCAUUAUUUGGGGCGGGAGGGGCCACAUUUGCUGGCACUGUUUACCUUGCUUACCUGCUGACCUAGCAGUUUGCUUGUGCUAUAACCUUUACUGUAGGUGCUACUUAGGAGUAGAGUAAGUGCUGGGUGGUGAUAUCAGUUUAAAAGAAGAAAAAAAAAAAAAAAGAAAAACACAAUAAAAAUUUGUAUUUUUUCAAUAUUGUAUAAAAAUAGUGUUCUAAUUACCUCACCCCCUUUCUUUUUGCAGGUUAACCCCAUCACUCCAUCCCUCCCACCUUUGUUUUGAUGCAUCACACUCGCACGUUCUCCCCUCGGUUUGUGAAAUCAGUGCUCUGCAAAGCAGAGGUUCCCCAAAAAUCCAUGCUUGGUGCUGCCCUGACCCUGCUCAGGGCUCCUGGCACUGCUUUUCUUUCCUCCCCAUCUUCUCCUGUGUCAUUUUUCACCUCUUUUUCCAAGUCUUCCUCCUGAAAGAAACCUCCCUUCACCCCCACCCAAUAGCUUGUAAAUAAAACCACGUGUGUAGACUGGAAGGAAAAGGUGGAGCCUUAUUGAAGCAUGGUAGCUCUUUUUUCAUCUUGAGGGUGUUUGGGUUUUUUUUUUCUUUACAUUAUUAGCAUCCAUAAAACAGUAUUGUCAUUGCCUUGUGCUCUCUUGCAGUGAUGGGAGCCUCAGCCAGCCCUACCCGUACCCCCGUGUCCCUGCUCUUGAAUGAGCUCCCCCAUCCCAAACCUUGGUGCUGAAUUGGAAACAGGCUUUGCCUUCUGCUCCCAUCAAUUCCCCUUUUGGCUGUUGAGGAUUUUGCUUCUCCAUGGUGCGUGAGCCACCAGCAAGGUCAUUGGAAGCUCCUUGGUGUCCUUGACAGUGCACCGUGGGGUCAGUGGAGCACGUUCCCCACAGGCUUUUUUUCCUCCAUCCCAUUGGUCAUUGGAAGUUUCUUGCUGUCAUCAACACUGUCCCUUGGGGUCAGUGGGACACGUUCCUCGAUGGCUUUGUUCCUCCAUCUUGUAGCUUUGGUCAUUAGAAACCCUUUAAUACUAUCAAUGCUAUGCUAUGGGAUCAAUGGAGUGUGUACCCCAAUGGCUUUUUUCCUCCAUCCCCUAGCUUUGGUCAUUGGAAGCUCCUCAGUGUCAACGGGAUGUGUUCUCCAGUGGCUUUGUUCUCUAAUCCCAUAGUUUUGGUUAUUGGAAGCUCCUUGGUGUCAUUGGCACUGCUAUGGGAUCAAUGGGAUGCGUAGCCCAGUGUCUUUUUUCUUGCAUCCUACUGGUCAUUGGAAGCUCCUUGAUGUCAUCAACACUGUGCCAUGGGGUCAGUGGAACAUGUUCCCCUAUGGCUUUGUUCCUCCAUCCCAUGGAUCUGGUUUUUGGAAACUCCUUGGUGUGUAUGGCACACAUUCCCCAGUGACUUUCUUCCUCCAUCCUAUUGCUCACUGGAAGCUCCUUGGUGUCAUCAGCACCUUCCCUUGGGGUCAGUGGCUUUGUUUCCUCAAUGGCUUUGUUCCUCCAUCCUAUAGCUUUGGUCAUUGGAAACUCCUCAGUGUCAAUGGGAUGUGUUCCCCAAUGGCUUUUGUUCCUCCAUCCUAUAGCUUUGGUCACUGGAAACUCCUCAGUGUCAAUGGGAUGUGUUCCCCAAGGGCUUUGUUCCUCCAUCCUAUAGCUUUGGUCACUGGAAACUCCUCAGUGUCAAUGGGAUGUGUUCCCCAAGGGCUUUGUUCCUCCAUCCUAUAGCUUUGGUCAUUGGAAACUCCUCAGUGUCAAUGGGAUGUGUUCCCCAAUGGCUUUUGUUCCUCCAUCCUAUAGCUUUGGUCACUGGAAACUCCUCAGUGUCAAUGGGAUGUGUUCCCCAAGGGCUUUGUUCCUCCAUCCUAUAGCUUUGGUCAUUGGAAACUCCUCAAUGCCAACGGGAUGUGUUCCGCAAUGGCUUUGUUCCUCCAUCUCAUGGCUUUGCUUUGCAGGCAGCAUGGAGCAGAGCUCUGCCAUCAGCUCAGUACCACUCAACCUCGAUUGGGACGAGCACAUGCCCCACAUCCAAGGCUCUUCUUCCCAUCCUAGGAAGGCUCAGAGGUGUUCCACCGCCUUUUUUCUUCCUUUUUGCUCGCCCCAAGUUCUACUGGCACUUUCGCAGGGGUGUUCGCAGCGUGAGAAAUGGCCAUUAUUUUACUGACUGUAUUUGGUACCUAUCGUGUGAUACUUGAAGAGAUCGGGGCGUUUUGCCCUCCAUAAGAGUCUAAACUCUUUAUUUUCAUUUCCCCCCUCCCUCCCUUUCCCCCCCCCCCCCCCCCUUUUUUUUUCUUGCGUUGUGAUGUAGUGGGCACAUCUGCCCCCGCUGACAAAAUGCCUCUUCUCUAAGAGUAUAACCUCUCCGGUAGUUGUGUAUAAUGACAGAACUGUAAACUUUUUUUAAAAUAAAAAUAUGUAUAUACCUCAAA